AUGGCAGGAAAUGGACAGCAAUCAUUUUCGCAUCGCUCUUCAUUAAAGCAGUCUAAUAAACCGUUUAAAUCUAAGCAUGCUUCAAAAGGUGCUCUCAAAGCACUUUCAAAAGGCAAAACAGAACAUUCUAAAUCGGUCAAAUCUCGCAACUCCGUGGCCUCUCACAAGGCAGACCGUAGAAAUACCGCCAAGAUUGAGCAGCGGAAAAAGCAAUUGGAUGUACUGUCCAAUUCUCGCAUGUUUCAAGGACUGUAUGCUACCCCAAAAAUUAUUGCUGUUAUUCCACUGUGUGCUGACGUAGAUGCACAUACUGCCGUUCAUGGCAUGUUUGCAUCAAUUGAUCAGCCGUAUAUUGAGACCAAUGGUUCUGCCUUGUUAACAGUGGAGAGGUUCAAACAGCGCGUCCAGUUUAUUCCAGUUGACCGACAUCUCUUGAGAAUUCUAGAUGCACUCAAAGUUGCUGAUAUGGUUAUAUUUAUACUGUCUGCUAAUGAAGAAGUCGACAAAUUUGGCGAGCUAUGCAUGACUGCUAUUAGAUCUCAAGGCGUACCAACAGUAAUUAAUAUGGUUCAACACUUGGAAACUCAUCCCACUAAAAAACAGAGCGAUAUUCGUAAAUCUCUGGAAUACUACAUGAACCACCAAUUUUCGGGCGAACAGCGCCUUUUUGAUGUUCAUGAUUCAGGAGAAUGUCUUUCUGCAUUGAGAUAUAUCACUACCCAACGACCAAAACAAGUAGUUUGGCGUGAGCGUCAUCCGUAUCUGGUUGCAGAUCAACUAUCAUUCCAGUCCAACACAUUAGACGAGACUCACGGAACACUUUGCGUUACGGGCUAUCUUCGUGGUAAUAAACUAGAUGUCAAUCGUCUUGUUCACAUCCCAAACUAUGGCGAUUUCCAAAUGUCAAUCAUCACCUCGCGUGCCAAGAUUCACAAGUCUGGAGAUAUGGAUGAUGAUGAUGUUAAAAUCCUUCAAACAGCAGAUCCAAAUUUCCAAGAAGGACUUGUUGCAGAAAAUGACAUUGAUCCCAUGGAGGGAGAACAAACGUGGCCAACUGCAGAAGAACUUGCAGAGGCAGAUGAACGUCCUGCAGUAAAACGACGUGUUCCCAAGGGCACAUCAGCAUAUCAAGCCGCUUGGAUUUUGGAUGAUGAUGAUGUGAACAGCGAGGAAGAGCAGGAUGACUGUCAUAUGUCUGAUUCUGCAGCUAUGGACGAGGAUAUGCCUACAUUUGAACACCAUGACUCUGAUACAGAUGGUAGUGAUUCUAACAGUGAAAAAAGCGAGGAGUAUGAAGAUGUAGAUGUUGAAGAUCGUGAGAUAGCGCACGACGAUCUUGAUGAAGAUGAGGAACAGGAACAACUUGCUAUAUAUCUUCAAAAACAACAAGAAAGCCGCAAUGAUUCCGAGUUUCCCGACGAGAUAGAUACUCCUCAGCAUAUUACUGCUCGCGAACGAUUCCAACGCUAUCGUGGAUUGAAGAGCUUCCGUUCAUCAGUAUGGGACCCAUAUGAGAAUCUGCCUAUGGACUAUUCGCGUAUUUUCCAGUUUCAAAACUUUAAGCGUUCGCGAAAACGUGUGAUGGAUUCGUUGGAAGAAGGACCUGGUGUUGCUCCUGGUACUCUUGUAACAAUCCAUAUUUCCAAUGUUCCUCGUGCAGCCUAUGAUGGGCAUGAUUCUAGUCAGCUAUUCACUGUGUUUGGACUCUUGCCAUACGAACACAAGGUGUCUACUGUCAGUUUUGUUGUUCAGAGAACAUCAAGCUACAGCGAUCCUGUCAAGUCAAAGGAGCCUGUUGUUCUCAUGUCUGGGUUUAGGCGGUACGUUGUACAACCAAUAUACUCUACUUUUACUCGUGGAGGACCCAAUAAUGUGCACAAGUUUGAGAGGUACCUCCAGCCAGGCGUACCAUCAGUUGCUACCGUGUAUGCACCUAUUCAGUUUGGGCCAGCACCCGUUUUGGUUUUCAAGCAUGACAAGAAUGGCGAUCAGUGUCUUUGGACUCCUAAAGCUCCUAACCCGCUCAUUGCAACUGGUAGUCUAAUGGAUUUAGAUCCACUACGUAUUAUUGCCAAACGAAUUGUGCUAACUGGACAUCCAUACAAGGUGCACAAGCGUGGUGCGGUAUUGCGAUUCAUGUUCUUCAACCCAGAGGAUGUUUUGUACUUUAAGCCUAUCCAGCUUACAACCAAACUCGGACGUACAGGUCACAUCAAAGAAAGUUUAGGCACCCAUGGAUAUAUGAAGUGUAUUUUUGAUGCAGGUAUUAAGCAGCAUGACACGGUCUGUAUGAAUCUAUACAAGCGAGUCUUUCCCAAAUGGACAACAUUGCCAUUUGUCGAAUCACCACAUAUUGUAUCUAUUUCAGAAAAUGGCACUGGAGUAUGA